GCCGCCGCCGCAGCCAUCUUCGCGCGGAGCCGCCUCGCCCUGCGCCGCGCAGCCUGCGCCCGGCAGGUGGGAGCAUGCGGGGCCCGGCGGGGGCCGAGGGGGAGCCGCGGGGCGAGAUGGAGAACGAGGAGGAGCUGUCAGAAGAAGAGGAUGGAGUGCUGGAAGGGCUGGAGGAAUUUUAUCCAGAGGAGCAGGUAACUGCGCAGAAGAAAAAGAAAUCCAAAAAGCUGAAAGAAAACAAGACUUCCAAAGUCAAGAGAAGGAAGAAAGAGGGGAGCAAUGAUGAAAUAUCUGAAAAUGAAGAGGAACUGGAGGAGAAAUCUGAGAGCGAAGGAAGUGACUAUUCGCCCAACAAAAAGAAGAAGAAGAAGCUCAAAGAAAAGAAAGAGAAAAAAGCCAAGCGGAAGAAGAAAGAUGAAGAGGAGGAGGAUAAUGAGGAAGGAGGUUUAAAGGAGCCCAAGAGCUCAGCGCAGCUAAUGGAGGAAUGGGGCCUGGAUGAUGUGGAUUAUAUUUUCUCAGAAGAAGAUUACCAUACUCUGACUAAUUACAAGGCUUUCAGUCAGUUUCUCAGGCCUCUCAUUGCCAAGAAGAAUCCCAAAAUCCCCAUGUCCAAGAUGAUGACGGUGCUUGGUGCCAAAUGGCGAGAAUUCAGCGCCAACAACCCGUUCAAAGGCAGCUCGGCUGCAGCAGCGGCAGCUGCAGUGGCUGCAGCCGUGGAAACAGUCACCAUUGCACCCCAGCUUUCUGUCAGCCCUCAGCAGUCUGCUCUGCCCAUGGCCAUCAGGAAAGCGAAAACCAAGGAGGGCAAAGGUCCAGGAGUGCGGAAGAAAAUCAAGGGCUCCAAAGAUGGGAAGAAAAAGGGGAAGGGGAAAAAGAUGGCGGGCCUGAAAUUCCGCUUUGGAGGAAUCGCCAACAAAAGGAAAAAAGGCUCCUCAAGUGAAGAGGAGGAGCGGGAGGAGUCGGACUUUGACAGCGCCAGCAUCAACAGCUCUUCGGUGCGCUCUGAAUGCUCGGCGGGCUUGGGGAAGAGAGGGAAGAGGAGGAGAAAGAAAAAGAGGAUUGAAGAAGGGGAUGGAUAUGAGACCGACCACCAAGAUUACUGCGAAGUCUGCCAGCAGGGAGGGGAGAUUAUCCUGUGCGACACUUGUCCUCGCGCCUAUCACCUCGUCUGCCUGGAUCCCGAGCUGGAGAAAGCACCCGAGGGCAAGUGGAGCUGCCCUCACUGUGAGAAGGAAGGGAUCCAGUGGGAGCCGAAGGAAGAGGAGGAGGAGGAGGAGGAAGGAGGCGAAGAGGAGGAGGAUGAUCACAUGGAGUUUUGCCGUGUGUGUAAGGAUGGCGGGGAGCUGCUGUGCUGUGACACCUGCCCAUCUUCCUACCACCUGCAUUGUCUGAACCCGCCUCUGCCGGAAAUACCAAACGGUGAAUGGCUCUGCCCUCGCUGUACAUGCCCUCCCUUAAAAGGCAAAGUCCAACGCAUCCUGCACUGGGUCUGGAGAGAGCCCCCUGCCCCCUUCCUGUCUGGGCUCCGUCCGCCUGACCUGGAGCUGUCUGUCCCUCCGCCAAAGCCCCUGGAGGGGAUCCCGGAGCGGGAGUUCUUUGUGAAAUGGGCAGGACUCUCCUACUGGCACUGCUCCUGGGUCAAGGAGCUGCAGCUGGAGCUCUACCACACCGUGAUGUACCGCAACUACCAAAGAAAGAACGACAUGGACGAGCCCCCGGCCUUUGACUACGGCUCCGGGGACGAGGACAGCAAAAGCGAGAAGCGGAAGAACAAAGACCCGCAGUACGUCAAGAUGGAGGAGAAGUACUAUCGCUACGGCAUCAAACCCGAGUGGAUGAUGAUUCACCGAAUCCUGAAUCACAGCUUUGAUAAAAAGGGAGAUGUCCAUUACCUGAUCAAGUGGAAAGAUUUACCCUACGACCAGUGUACCUGGGAGAUUGAUGACAUAGACAUCCCCUACUAUGAAAACCUGAAACAGAUGUACUGGAAUCACAGGGAGCUGAUGUUGGGGGAUGAUAUCCAACCGCCAAAGAGGCUGAACAAGAAAGGGAGAAAACUGAAGGAAGAAAAACUAGAAAAACCUCCAGAAACUCCUAUUGUUGAUCCUACAGUUAAAUUUGACAAGCAGCCAUGGUAUAUUGAUGCAACAGGAGGCACCUUACAUCCUUACCAGCUGGAGGGACUGAACUGGCUGAGGUUUUCCUGGGCCCAGGGAACCGAUACGAUCCUUGCUGAUGAGAUGGGGCUUGGGAAGACGGUGCAGACCAUCGUGUUCCUGUACUCCCUGUACAAAGAGGGCCACUCGAAAGGGCCAUAUCUGGUUAGUGCCCCUCUCUCCACUAUUAUCAACUGGGAGCGAGAAUUUGAGAUGUGGGCACCUGACUUCUAUGUGGUGACCUACACGGGGGAUAAGGAAAGCCGGGCUGUGAUCCGAGAAAAUGAGUUCUCCUUUGAAGACAAUGCCAUCCGGAGCGGGAAGAAGGUUUUCCGAAUGAAAAAAGAAGCCCAGAUUAAAUUCCACGUCCUGCUCACAUCCUAUGAGCUGAUCACUAUUGACCAGGCUGUUUUAGGCUCUAUAGAGUGGGCGUGUCUGGUGGUGGAUGAAGCUCACAGGCUGAAGAACAACCAAUCCAAAUUCUUUAGGGUAUUAAAUAGCUACAAGAUUGACUACAAGCUGCUGCUGACUGGAACGCCGCUCCAGAACAACUUAGAGGAGCUCUUUCACCUGCUCAAUUUCCUGACCCCGGAGAGGUUUAACAACCUGGAAGGAUUCCUGGAAGAGUUUGCUGACAUCUCCAAGGAGGACCAGAUAAAAAAACUCCAUGAUCUGUUGGGUCCCCAUAUGCUCCGGCGAUUGAAGGCAGACGUGUUCAAGAACAUGCCUGCAAAAACGGAGCUGAUUGUGAGAGUGGAGCUCAGCCAGAUGCAGAAGAAGUAUUACAAGUUCAUCUUGACGAGGAAUUUUGAAGCCCUGAAUUCCAAAGGUGGUGGGAACCAGGUGUCACUGCUCAAUAUCAUGAUGGAUUUGAAGAAGUGCUGUAAUCACCCCUACCUCUUUCCUGUGGCUGCUGUGGAGGCUCCGGUUUUGCCAAAUGGGUCCUAUGAUGGGAAUUCUUUGGUUAAAUCUUCUGGGAAACUGAUGCUGCUGCAAAAGAUGCUGAAGAAGCUGCGAGAUGGGGGACACAGAGUCCUGAUCUUCUCCCAGAUGACGAAAAUGCUGGAUUUGCUGGAGGAUUUCCUGGAGUACGAGGGUUACAAGUACGAGCGGAUAGAUGGAGGGAUCACGGGAGGCCUGCGCCAGGAAGCCAUCGACAGGUUUAAUGCGCCUGGUGCUCAGCAGUUCUGUUUUCUUCUCUCUACUCGAGCUGGGGGUCUGGGCAUAAACCUUGCAACGGCCGACACCGUCAUUAUUUAUGAUUCUGAUUGGAAUCCCCACAAUGACAUCCAGGCGUUCAGCAGAGCUCACCGCAUCGGACAGAACAAGAAGGUGAUGAUCUACCGCUUUGUGACGAGAGCCUCCGUGGAGGAGCGCAUCACCCAAGUGGCCAAGAGGAAGAUGAUGCUGACCCACUUGGUCGUCCGUCCAGGGCUGGGCUCCAAGUCGGGCUCCAUGACUAAGCAAGAGCUGGACGACAUUCUGAAGUUUGGGACCGAGGAGCUCUUCAAAGACGACGUGGAAGGCAUGAUGUCGCAGGGCCAGCGGAUCACCAUGCCUGACCCUAUGACCCCCUUUCCCGAAGCACCGUCAUCCAAAGGGGGCGCCGUGACUCCAAGCAUGAAAAAGAAACAUGGCAGCACCCCGCCAGGGGACAAUAAGGACGUGGAGGACAGCAGUGUGAUCCACUACGACGACGCUGCCAUCUCGAAGCUUCUGGAUCGGAACCAGGACGCUACUGAUGAUACGGAGCUGCAGAACAUGAACGAAUAUCUCAGCUCCUUUAAAGUGGCCCAGUAUGUUGUGCGAGAAGAGGACGGUGUGGAGGAGGUUGAGCGAGAGAUCAUCAAACAGGAGGAGAACGUGGAUCCCGACUACUGGGAGAAGCUGCUCAGGCACCAUUAUGAGCAGCAGCAGGAAGAUCUGGCCAGGAACCUUGGCAAAGGGAAGAGGAUCCGCAAACAGGUCAAUUACAAUGAUGCCUCGCAAGAGGACCAAGAGUGGCAGGACGAGCUCUCCGAUAACCAGUCCGAAUACUCCAUCGGCUCCGAGGAUGAAGAUGAAGACUUUGAAGAAAGACCCGAAGGUCAGAGUGGCAGGAGACAGUCACGGAGGCAACUGAAGAGCGACCGAGACAAGCCUCUGCCCCCUCUGCUGGCAAGAGUUGGGGGGAACAUUGAGGUGCUCGGAUUCAAUGCCCGGCAGCGCAAAGCCUUCCUGAACGCUAUCAUGCGGUGGGGCAUGCCGCCCCAGGACGCGUUCAACUCUCACUGGCUGGUCCGAGACCUUCGCGGGAAAAGCGAGAAGGAGUUUAGGGCUUAUGUCUCUUUGUUUAUGAGACAUUUAUGUGAGCCUGGAGCCGAUGGUGCCGAAACCUUUGCGGAUGGCGUUCCCCGAGAAGGGCUGUCGCGCCAGCACGUGCUGACGAGGAUAGGAGUUAUGUCACUAGUAAGGAAGAAGGUUCAGGAGUUUGAACAUGUCAAUGGGAAGUACAGCACCCCUGAUCUGAUCCCGGAGGGGCCGGAGGGCAAGAAAUCCAGCGAGGUUGUCUCUUCUGAUCCAAACACCCCUGUCCCAGCCAGCCCAGCACAUAUGCAGACUGGGCCAGCAGCACAGCCAGACAAAACAGAAAUACAGCUGGGGUUCCAAGAGGAAAAGGAACAAAUGGAGCCAAAGCCCAAGAAGCCAGCUGAGAGCCAGGGUCCAGCAAGUGCAGAGAAAGCCGAGAAUGAAGAAAACCAAGAGAGCUCCAGAAACGAGGAGGAACCGAGAGAAGAGAAACAAGAAGAGAGCGAAAAGGCUGAGCCUUCGCCUGAGCGGCUGCCGGUGAGAGAUGAGGCAAUUCAGGAAAAAGAAAAGCCAUUGGAAAAGUCAGAAUUAAAUGCCUGCCAAGGUAAAGGGGAAGAUAAAGAGUACAAGCCAGCAGAGGAUACCAAGGUGGAAGAGAAGGAGCAGAGUGAGACUCAGCAAAAUGGUGAAAAAGAGGAAGAGGAGGAUGGGAAGAAGGAGGAUAAAAAUCUGAACUUUAGAUUCAUGUUCAACAUUGCUGAUGGGGGCUUUACAGAGUUGCACACGUUGUGGCAGAAUGAGGAGAGAGCUGCCGUCUCCUCAGGCAAGAUCUAUGACAUCUGGCACCGGAGACAUGACUACUGGCUGCUGGCGGGAAUUGUUACCCACGGCUAUGCCCGCUGGCAGGACAUCCAGAACGACCCACGCUACGUGAUUCUGAAUGAGCCGUUCAAGUCGGAGAUACACAAGGGGAACUACCUCGAGAUGAAGAACAAGUUCCUCGCCCGACGGUUCAAGUUGCUGGAGCAGGCCCUGGUGAUAGAGGAGCAGCUGCGAAGGGCCGCGUACCUCAACAUGAGCCAGGACCCGAGUCACCCGGCCAUGGCACUGAACGCCCGUCUGGCUGAAGUGGAGUGCCUUGCCGAAAGCCACCAGCAUCUCUCCAAAGAGUCCCUGGCUGGGAACAAGCCUGCCAAUGCUGUCCUGCACAAAGUUCUGAACCAGCUCGAGGAGCUGCUGAGUGACAUGAAGGCGGAUGUGACCCGCUUGCCGUCCAUGCUGUCCAGGAUACCGCCAGUCGCCGCUCGCCUGCAGAUGUCUGAACGGAGCAUACUGAGUCGUCUCACUAACCGAGGAGGGGAGCCCACAGUCCAGCAGGGCUCCUUUGGGUCCUCCCAGCUCUACAACAACUUUGGGCCAAACUUCCGAGGUCCUGGACCAGGUGGGAUUGUCAACUACAGUCAGAUGCCGCUGGGACCUUACGUGACCGAUAUUUAGCCGUUUCCAAGAUUUUCCUCUGCAGUUCUUAUUCCCACCUGAGCAACACCCAAUGGGCCGCCCUCCAGCCACCCCGAUAAAAAAGUAGCAGAGUCACUGAAAGAUGGUGCAGCCUUGGAACGCAAGGGGAAGCUCGGUGACAUCAUCUGCAUUGAAGACUAACUCAGCCCAGUGGGUGUUGGGGCCAGGGGCUGCCUUGCUCACAUUUAAAGUGUUCUUCAAAACAAACCGCCACUCCCAGCCCAUUUCAAGAACUUCUUAGAAGGGGAUUUCAUUUCCUUGUACAUUUUUUGCACUUUCUUAUUGAAGACUUGAAGAGUUUGUCUUGACAAUGUUGGCUGAAUUCUGAAGGGAUUAUCUAGUAACAGUAUUUAUGUCUCUGUUUUUAUCGACAUGUAUCAGAUUUAAAGGGAGACCGUAUUGGAAGCUCUGUUUAUAGUCCAGUUACCCUAAGGUAACAGUUAGGAGCCAGGCUUAAUUCUUUUCUGUAGCCUCCUAGGUUCGUUCAAUUUUUAUGUCUGUUUUGUGUUUGAGCAAAUGCAUGCACACGUCAAGCCCUUCAGCCGCUGUUCUGCUGCCAAAUGUCCCGUGUACGCGCAGGGAGAAUGCGCCCGCUGUCCUGCCAUCUCUCCGCAGGCAUCAAGGGAGAACAUACCUGCUGUGCUGCUGGAUAUGCCUGGUAUGUCCUCCUAGUCCACUGAUCUCGCCAGCAGGGAAUGGGUUAAAUGAGCGUGUUUCUCUUUCCUGACUCCUGGCCUGUAUCGAACACACCAGUUGCCUGGCCUGCGCUGACACAGGGCAGUUUGCUGAGCUAAUACACAGGUCUAGCUGGGCUAGCAGAGCGCGUUGGAGUCAGGGGGCAAAGCCCUGGGUGCAUUAGGAUGACGUGAGCUAGAAUGCGGGUGCUGUAGUUACCUCCAUCGACACUCGUGGGCCAGACAUGAAAACAUGCCAGGAGAACAGCCUCCUGGGACCUUCCUGCAUGGCCCAGACUGCGGCCCCCUGGCUUCCCAGGUAACAUGCAGUGUGGGGAGCUGGCGCUUGGUGGUGUACACAGGAGUUUGUUUCCAUGUGGGGUUGGGUGAGCAGGUCCCUGCCCUGCAGGCUGCCGGGGCGCCAGGUCACUGCAGCUCUCCCAGUCAGGGGAGCGCUGAGUUGCUGACAGUGCCGUCUUUGCUGUUAUGUGAGCUGAGGCCUAGGCUCGGCUGUAGCCGUGUACUGAGCCUUCUGACCGCGCGAGCGAAUAAAAGGGCAGCCCGUCUGCCUUGCCGGCCCCCCGGCUAGCACCCAAGAGACGCUUGUUAGAUAGCAGCUUUGCUGUCAGCGCCUCGUUUGGGAGCCGUUUUGCCCACUCUAAUCUGCUUUUCACAGCACACGCCUGCGGUGACCAGCAGCGGUUUGUGUGAUGAAAGCCCCUGCGGGCCAGGCAAGCACUGGUGUCUGGCCAUGCACGAAGCAGUGCAGAGGUCUCAGGGAUGGCUGUGGUGCUGCCGCCCCACCACUGCCCCCAUGCACAGGCUGUUAGCUCAGGGGUGUGUGUGGGGGGAACUCCACACCCAGCCAGAGCCUCUUCCUCUCCGCACCUGCCAUUGCCAGCACCUUCUUGGCACAGAGGCUGAGUGCCAGGAGAGCAGCGAGGAGUGUCAGGGAAGUGCUCCUGGGUCAAACGCUGCACCUCGCCAUCUUCCCCCCUUGAAUUCCCACCUCACUGUGUAUCCAGCUCUGCUCCUGCUGGAACCCGCUCUCUGGGCUUGGUGGGUCACUGGAUUCUGGGAGGUUGAACUGGAGCAGAGAGAGGAAGCAUUCGCCACCCCCAGACCCACAGCCCUACCCCAGCUUGGCUUGGUAAGCAGGGCUGGCUCCAGGCACCAGCUCAGCAAGCAGGUGCUUGGGGUGGCAAGUCCCU